ACCUCGGGGACACCAGAAAGGUUUCAGGCUGCCCAUGUUUGUGACCAAUCAGAGAGAGCAGCUGAUAAGAUAAGAUAGUUGCUGCAGACUGAAAAGCCGUAACAGUUCUCUACAAGCAGAUACUAUACUGAAGGAAGUCCAAAAUCAUGAGCUGCAUCACAGCUGGACUUCAGCCUGAGGGAAUCUGUCUUCUGUUUAACACCUGAGUCAGUCUGUUUGUUAGCAACUUUACAGGUCGUGAAAACACUGCAGCUGUCAGUUUAAACAUUAACUCGCAGGACAAGAGUCAAGUUCAGUUUUGGUGCAUGGACGGUGCUUAAAGAUUCUUUGUUAAAAGCACAUCUGGAUCCCAAAAUGAGCAGCUUCGGGGAGAUCCUGAAGGAGAUCGGGGAGUUUGGUUUGUUUCAGAAACGUCUGGUGGCGGCAUUAUGUAUCCCCAGCCUGUUCACAGCUUUCGAUGUGAUCGGUCAGGUGUUCGUAGGACUGAGCUUUCCACACCACUGCAACACUGACUGGAUCCUGGAGCGGGGUCCCAACCUGACGGAGGAACGACAAAGAAAUCUCACCCUCCCCGUGAACCAGGAUGGAGGUUUUGAAAGCUGUGAGAUGUUCACACCUGUGGAUUUGGAUUUGGAGACCAUUAUAGCAUACGGCAUCAACACGACUACAGGGUGCACUAACGGAUCGGUUUUUGAUGCACCUAAAGGGGCCUCCAGCAUUGUGACAGACUUCAACAUGGUGUGUGACAGGAGCGGUUUGAUUGAAGCGUCUCAGUCCAUCUACAUGGCCGGUCUCCUGGUGGGGGCUCUGGUGUUGGGGCCGAUGGCUGACAGGUUUGGUCGCCGCUUCGUAGUCCUGCUUUCACUCUUUUUCCUCAUGGUGUUUGGAGUCGGCAUCAGCUUCUCACCCAACAUCUAUGUUUACAUUGUUCUGAAGUUCUUAGAUGGCAUCUCCGUUUCAGGCAUCAUUGCUAAUUUAUUUGUAAUAGGUGGAGAGUGGAGUGAUUCCUCCAAGUUUGCUUUCUGCACCAUCAUGUGCCACUCCACUUUCCCUCUUGGACUGAUGAUGUUGUCGGGCAUUGCCUAUCUGAUCCGGGACUGGAGGGUCCUGCAGCUGGUGCUCUUCAGUCCUCUGGUCGUUGUCCUGGGAAUCUUUUACUGGGUUAUUCCAGAGUCGGCUCGCUGGCUCAUCACCCAGGGCCGGAAGAAGGAGGCUAUAAAGGAGAUCAGGAAGGCAGCCAAGGUGAACGGGAGGAAGGUCCCAGAAGAUCUGCUGGACAAGCUAGGUGUUGAGGGUCCAUCCAAGAGAGGAAGCAUGUUGGACCUCUUCAGGAUAUCAUAUCUGAAGAAGCGUGCAUUGAUCAUGAGCUACCUCUGGUUUGCGACGAGUCUGGUGUACUAUGGACUGAGCCUGAAUGUUGGCAACUUUGGCCUGAACAUCUACCUCACGCAGUUCAUCUUCGGUUUGGUCGAGUUUCCUGCACGUCUGGGCAGCCUGGGCCUCAUCCAGCGCUUCGGGAGGAAGAAAUGUGAAGCACUGGUCCUGUUGUUCGGCGGUGCUGCUUGUCUAGGGAUACUCGCUAUACCUAAAGAUCUUCCUGUGGUGAUCACAGUCGUCGCAGUUCUGGGGAAGUUUGCUGCCACCACCAGCUUCUCUAUAAUCUACGUUUACACUGCAGAGCUGUACCCUACCACUCUAAGGCAGAAUGGUGUAGGUCUGAACUCCAUGUGUGCUCGUGUGGCGGGAAUCCUGGCUCCCCUGAUCAGGCUCCUGGAGGUCUAUCACUGGACCAUUCCCAUGCUGAUAUACGGCAUCGUCCCCAUCGCUGCAGGGGGUCUCUCUUUAUACCUGCCUGAAACGCUCAAUGUAGAACUCCAGGACCACGCUGAGAUCAGACAACCAGAAAAUAUGAUGGAAAUUAAAGCCAUCACUAAAAAGGAUGAGAAUUCAGGAAAAAGCACGAAAAUUUCCUCAGGUGUGCUGCGCCGCUGCAGGGAGGUUCAGACGAGCACAACUGGAGAAGGAAGAGGUUAAAAGCUCCAGUCCAGCAGCAGAAGAGGAGG